GAGCACUGUAGCACUGAGCUAUACAGUGUAGGCCACAGAGCCUUGAUCAACAAACUGAGUGGUUUCCCUUUAAAAACAAAUCCGACGUAACGUGACGCAGAUGCUUCCAUCCAUAUACCCUUGUGUCGCUCUUCACACGGUAGCCAUCCAGCGCACCUCCUGCAUCCCCCUGGCCCAGCCCCCCCUCCCUCUCCUCUCCUGUCCUCCCCUCGUCCCCGGGUGUGUGAGCCAGGAUCACCGCGCCAUCCAGCGGAGCUCUUGGCGAAGAACCGCAGGGCAACAAUGAAAACCGGGGCGAUGGAACCGCGAAAGGACUAACAGCGCUCCGGGAAAAGGGGGCACAGGCUGAAGACCAGAGACAAAGUGAGGACAGAAGAAGCUAGAGGUUGCACAAGAGGCUGUCCGUCCACAUGUCUGCCCCUGCUCCAGGCAAUCGGAGGUCUGGGUUGGGCUCUCGCCGGUUUGACUACUGCAGGUUCAUAGAACUAGACUACGUUCCCAUGGAGACAGGCUAUAUGGUCUCAAUGCGCCCGACUAAAGGCUAUGCAUCGACCAAGUCGCCGACUAAAGGAUACACUUCCACAAAGUCUCCGGAUCGCCACAGCCGUUCAACAAACUCUCCCUCAACCCCUCGUUCUCGGCGGACGCCGGCUGCACCCAGUAAUAGAGAUCCCUAUGGCAACACCUCCAUCAGCAGCAGCAGCAACUCAGGCUCUUGUAAAGGCAGUGAUUGCAGCCCCACCAAAGGACGUCUUCAGAAGUACACGUCAUGCACAGACAACCAUGGUAUCCGGCCCCCUCCACCAGAGCAGUACCUCACACCCCUGCAGCAGAAAGAGGUGUGUAUCCGACACCUGCGGGCCAGGUUAAAGGAAACCAUCAACACUCUGCAAGACAGGGACACAGAGAUAGAUGCACUGAGAGGCCAGCUUUACAGGAUGCAGGAGGACUGGGUUGAGGAGGAAUGUCACCGUGUAGAGGCUCAGCUGGCCCUAAAGGAGGCUCGUCAGGAGAUACAGCAGCUCAAAGAAGCUGUGGACACUGUUCGUGCCAGGCUCAGUGAUGCUGGGGGACUCAGCGGGGACAUAGGGGUCCAGAAGUACUUCCAGGACAUCAAUACUCAGAACCACAAGCUUGAGAACCUGUUGCUUAACAUGGAGCUAGCCCAGGCUGGAUUAGCCAAGGAGGGGGAAGCCAUACCAGGCUGCCGAACCCGUGUUGGGGGUUCGGCACCGGCAUCAGUAUCAGGGGAAAGUCCAGGAGGAAUACCCAAACCAGCUGUAGGAGGGAGAGGGUCUUGCUCUUGCGAUGGUUCCCCAGCCCGAUCUCUGACCCGGAGCUCCACCUACACUAAGCUGAGUGAUCAGGCUGGCGGACCGGAACGGCAAUGGGACUUUCCUUGUUUGUCAGGUGAUGGGACCCAGGACAGUGGCUUUGUGUGCUGUGGGGAGAGCAGCAUCCCCAGCCGAGCCGACCUGCUGCUGGAGGCCGCCUUCCUCUCUGAGGAAACGGCAUCUUUACUCAACUCCUACACGCAGACCUUUUCCCACUCUCUGCCCAACUCUCUGCCCAACUCUCUGCCCAACUCUCUGCCCAACUCUCUGCCCAACUCUUUGCCUCACACUUUCUCCCAUACCUUACCUCAUUCUUUCCCUCAUAAUUUGUCCCACUCUGUGCCCCACACUAUGCCGCACUCCUCCACCUAUGAGAAGCUGUGCACAGGCGAGCGGUUGGUGCCCUUUCGUUGUGGCCUGGGUGGAGGGGGCUGUAUGAGCCAUCCCUGCCUGUCCCACCACCACCUCUAUCUGCACCCCCUGCGGGAGAUGGGCAUUCAGACGGAAAGCUGCCCCAUCCCUGCAACAGCAGGUGGCCCCUCUGAUUUGGAUACCAUUGCGGAGCAACGCACUUUUCGCUCCCAGGCCUGCAGCCCCACCUCCACCUGGAUGUCUGAUGAGGGGGAGGAGGAGCUGGACUCUAUCACCACAACAUCAGCAACCACAGCAACGGUCAUGAGUGCAGCAACAGAGCCGAUCCCGGUCUCCAAAACACCUCUGGUCCAUCCCAUGCCACGGUCUGCUACUGUGGCGUGUUCAAUGGAAACUCCCCUGUGUGGGGGGGAAGAGGGAGUGGAGGAAGAGGAAAAGCAGGAGAAAGAGAAGAGAGAGAAGGAUGCUGCAGCAACAGAGAAGCAGGAGGAAACAACAGGGAUCCGACUGGCAGAUGAAGGGCUGCAGGCACAGAUUAGCUCAGUGGGAGGAAAUGAGGUGGAAGUUCAGGGUGCAGUGGAGGAGGCAGCACCAGAAAAACUGUGCGAUUUAGCAGAGACAUCAGCUGGGAAGUUUGGAGGAUGCUGUGGAGAAAGCAGACAGGGUAGGACAACACUUGAAAACCUCAGCGUAGAAGACAUAGAUCUGCCAGCAAGAUCAACCCAUGUAGAGACAGCAGAGCUGCAUCCAAGUCGGCCUGGAUUAUCACCAGAGAUAGAACAGCCUCACACCUCCCAGCCGAGGAAAUCAACCUCCCAUGAGGAGAUAGCUGGUGUCAUUGUAGUGGAGUUGCAUGAUGAGGACGAUGAAGAUGAAACUGAAGAACAAGGUGCCACUGGGGGCGACACAGCAGAGGAGGGAAAUUUGUCUGGCUCUGGGACAAUUCAGAAAAGCUACUGGAGUCGUCACUUCCUGGUUGAUCUGCUAGCAGUGGCCAUCCCUGUGGUGCCAACAGUUGCAUGGCUCUGUCGCGGUCCAGUCCGUGGUGGACAGCCCAUGUAUCAUAUAGGGUCGCUGCUGCGAGGCUGUUGCACUGUGGCGCUGCACUCGCUGCGCAGGGGAGGUGGGUUGAGGCAUUACCCCGCAGGCGGGGGAGACCUGGGCGGAUCACUGAUAUAAGAGAGAAUCUGUUCAACACCUCUGUUAUCCUUAACUUCGAUCUCUCCUGUAUAGGUCUAGGUCCUUAGCUUGUAGGAAAAUACCUGUAAUGUGAGGAGAGCAAGAGGAACAACCUCCCGUCUGCCAUUUCUCAUCAAGAUUAAUAGCAGAGGGGAGCAUCGGGAACAGCAAAUGUGCAUUUAUGACUAAGAUUUCUGACUGGUAAACUCUGUUCUGUUUGGUCCUGCUCCUUAAUGUCUCUCACCCACUGGUCCUUGCUGUUGCUACCAAGAUGUCUGCUAAUACAAAUGACUUGUGCAAAACUAAAUGAGCUGUUUGAAAUGAAUGAUCUAUGCUUGGAUGUUUAAUGCUGAUUGUUUUGUUUUUUAAUGCAGGGAAAUGUGAAAGGGUCAUUGAUCUGUCAACCUACCAGUCUGACUCAAUUCUGACAUGUUCACGUGUAGGUGACCGAGUAAAUGUAUAACCAAAUGGUCUCGUCUGCAGAAGAUGAGCUAUACUCUGAUUACUGACCAGUGACAGAGGAAAAAUCUGCCCUUACUGAGAAUUCAAUCGUUUCCUAUGGCUGCACACAGUGUGGGCAUAUCUUUGAGUCUUUGACACCUUCAAGACUAAAAACACUGAGCUUGUCUACUAACGAGAAACAACAACAUAGACACAAAAUUAUGUUCAUUCUAAGGGUAGAAACACACCAAAACAAACCGCAGCAAGCCUGCCAAGAUCCAUGAACCAAUGCCAUGAAGAUAAGAUAAUGCUUUAUUAAUCUCACAGCAGGGAAAUUUGCAGUGUUGCAGCAGCACGAAGCAUCAAUAAAAAAGCAAGAUAUAAUAAAUAAACAGACUCGACAGUUUAAAUCACAUUAUUGCAGUUUAGUAUUUGUUCAUAUUGCAAAGUCAGGUUUGGUGUGUGGUCUACUGGGAGCAGUGUUGAUUGUAAAAUCUGACAGCCGCAGGAAAGACCUGCUUUAUCUCUCCUUAAACCACUGCGGGUAAAGCAGCCUGUCACUGAAUGAGCUGCCCAGUGCUGUUAGACUGCAUUGGGGUGGGACAUGUUCUCAGUCUGGGAUGAAAGCUUAGCCAUCAUUCUCCUCCUCCCGCCACCUCCACUUGGGCUCUAGCUCUGUCCUGGGUUGAGGGUCAUCCUUCCUGUAAGCAGUCGAGAUGCUGCUGUCCUAGCAGACCACUCCAUAUGGCUGAUGCCACCACAGAGUCAAAAAAGGUCCUCAGGAGAAAGAGUCUGCUCUGGCCUUUCUUACGUAGUGCAUUUGUAUUGUCAGUCCAGUUUAUUAUUCAAGUGAACGCCCAGAUACCUGUAUGUUUUCACCAUCAUGUCCACUCCAUGGAUGUUUAUUGGUAUAGGAGGAGUUUUUGCACCUGUGGAAGUCUAUCACCAGCUCUACAGUUUUACUGUAUUGAUCUGCAGGCGGUUCCACUGGCACCAAUCCACAAAGCCCUGGGCCAGUUCUCUGUACUCUCUGUCGUCCCAAUCUGUCUGAGGCAGACAGUUGAGGAGUUGUCCUAGAACUUUUGCAGGUGGUGGUUAGCUGACUUGUGCAUGAAGUCUGCAGUGUAGAGUGUGAAGAGGAAGAGAACCAAGACAGUUCCCUGCGGGUCCCCAUUGAUGCAACCAUGACAGACACAGAGGGCAUUCAGAGCAAAAACAGCCCUGUAAGGGGCUGUGAUGGUGGGGGUGUGUUGUUUCAGAUUCCAGUGAGAUAUGAAAUAGGAUCUAGGAAAUUCAGUUUGAGUAACAGAUUCAUAAGUUUGAAGGCUUAUGAGAUGCCAAAACACUCACAGCAAUUUGCAUAACAUUUUAUUACUCUGAUCGAUGAUCGUGAGGUAACCAGUAGAAAUAUAGCAUUCUUCUUAAUAAGUAAUCUACCAGAAGUGUAUGCUUGUGCAUGUGUGACUGGCCAAUGCAGUGCGGCUAAAGUUGAGCCAAGCUUGACGUUUUGGCAAGACAACCCUUCGUUUUUUGCCACAGCAUUGGCACCUCAGCUGCAUCUGACCGCUGCCUAAGGAGCCAGCAGUUGAUUAGCUAAGCAAAGCACUGGAAGCAAGUUUGAAUAGCUUGGUGGAAGUUAGGUGAUGGAACUAUUUCUUGUUUGUAAAACUUUGAUAUUUCACUUUUGGCAGGAAAAUGUAAAAAGUGCAUUUCUUUAGUAGAUUUCCAAUGUUGUGGCUGGCUGUCGUCUUGACUGAUACUGUGCUGUGAUAGAAAUAAAACUUCACUGCCCAUCUUCCCAAUUCUAAAUAAAGUCAUUAAUAAGGUGAGGUCCUGCGAGGGAUUUGUUGCUUCUCAUAUGAAAUGAAUGGGCUCUUGUGGCUCCAUUUAGCUGACAUUGGCGGUGUGUUUCUACCCUGAGAGUAUACAUUACAUCUCCAGAAAUCCAGAAACAAAGCUGAUUCAGAUGCCAAACCUUAAAGUUCAGUGAAUCCACAAAGUUCGUCCCCAGAUAAUCAAUCUGCAAAUCUACAGAUUAAUCCAAGUGAGCAAAAAAAUGCAGCACAUUUUAUGACUCUAACCAAACUGUUAAUGUGUUUUCUCCAGGUCUUCUUAAUUUGCAGCAUCCCUCUGGGUUUUGACUGUGCAGUUACAGCCACAGCCUACACAUUUUCUACUCCUUGACUGUUUCUGUCAACCAUUAAAUGCAUAGUUAGACAUUUUGGAAAAUGUGCUUUUUUGAUUUCUUGCAAAAAGUUAGAUGACAAUAUCAAUACCACUCUCAUGUAUGUAGGCCUACUGUAUGUACACUAAAUAUUAAAGCUAUUGCCAGCUUUUAGCUUAGCUUAACAUAAAGACACGAUGCAAGGGGAAACAGCUAGUCCCAGCUAUGUCCAAAAUCCACAUAUCAGCACCUUAAAUCUUGUUUGUACAAUCCAUGGCAACAAAGUGUAAAAAUAACUUGUUUUGGGGGGGAGUUACAUGCUGGGACAAUUUCUUUCUUUAACAACACUUCUCUUUUAUUUGUGUUCCUUUUUUCAUAUCUUUUCAUCACACUCUUUGUUCUUGGUUAUCAGGCUAUGAGAGAGCAUAAUGAGAACAACAUGGGCAUUAUGAUUUAGGGUGGACUUUUCCCUGCACUUGGCCAUAUGGUUGGUUCUUGUGUCUUGAGACUUGCAUUCAGAGCAAACUCUUGAACAAUUGAAUUACUGAAAAGAAUAGAACUCAAUUUGAGUUACUUUAAUUUCACAUAACACACAUAGAAAAUAUCGUUGAUUCAUCAAAUCUAACAGGAAAGUUACAAUUGUUUGUAGAUACUCACUGGCUCAGUUUGACACUUUGAUGUAGAUCUGAUUGAAGUGAGUCGUGCUCAGUCUGUAUCUGUGCUGUAUAUUUCUGCUAACUUAAUGCUCUCGUGGUGUAGUUUAACUGUCACUCCAGUAGUCUGUAUUUUCAAGUCCACUGUGCAAGAGUUAGUAACACUGCAAAUAAACCGAACUUUAUUUGUUUAACAGAUCAUUCUGCAAAGCAUUUCUAGACAUGGAGUACUACAUGUCAGUUGACACUGAAAAUCAAUAAGAUGUCUGGAUUGUAAUCACGUUUAGGAACAGGGCAUUUCCUUUGUGUGAAUGUGGCAUCUGAUGGCAAUUUCUCCUGUUUGCUUUUCUUGCGCUGAUGUUUAACUUUGUGUGUAAUAAGGGCAAAUAAGAAACCUGCAACUGUAAAAUCAAAAUUUCUGUCAGAGACUCAUGAGCUAAAUGUGGAUGGAGAAACAGCCGACCAGCAAAAAUCGUCUGACACCAACUGAAUUGUUUAGUUCUUCGGUGAAGAAAUAAGCAGCAUGAAUCUUUUUUUUGUUAGUAUUUGGUUAGCAUAAUUUGCACUAUUAUUCACUUUAUGAAGUUUAAGCAAUUACUUGAAGUUGAGAUUGUAUGUGAAAGUGUCGUAUGUCCACUGAGUUCUGACUGAUUGUUCUGUUAGUCUGCAGUGUCAGUUCAGUUUGAUAUCCUGCUGAUAAGGCAAAAAUGAAACCAGUUUAACUAAGAUAAUAGACAUUUCUGGCAGAGCCUUAAAAAGAGAACUCUACAUGCCAUGAUUUCUGUGAAUACUGUAAAGCAGUUGCCUGUCAUCCAUGAUAAGAGCUAUUGAUCUCAGCUCCUAAAUUUGACCACAGUAUGUAUCUACAGGCCAAUAAUGGACAUUUAAGUCUAAAUGGUGUUGAAAAAACACACUCUGGAAUAGAAAAAGUUGUGCUUGUGCUACAUGGUCAAAUUCUGUAAUUGUCAGACAUCAGUGACAAUCAUUACAAUCCCUGUCUGUGUUUGGUUUUCACUUUAUCGAUGUGGAGGAUCCAAAAAAGCAGUGGCGAUUAUCAGUGCGUUGAGAUCCAUGAAACGACUGAAUGAAUGCCUUAGACAGACAGGACUGUCUUAUCCUCACUUAAACUUUCAUCCAUAACCUUUCCUCAUCAUCACUUUCAUUAUCAUGGGUUGUGCACUAGUCUGUAUGAACCACCUCGUGACUGUAUGAACCACUUUGCAAAAGUGGAUUAGGAGGCUAAAACAGUUUUCAUAUAUUCCACAAAAAAGCCAUAUAUUCCUGUGAGGGAACAGGUGUGAGAAUGUGUGAGGCGGCCUCCUCCUCUCAAUAUUAAUGUAUUGUGAAACAAAAUCUCUGAUGAUGAAAGUCAUGUAAAUGAUAACUGCUGUAUAUCAGCAUUGUACUGGAUUUCAGUCGAUCAAACUCUCCCGCUAUCAUUAAACACAGGCUAUUGUACAAACCUCUUGUUGCACAGAGGGUGACAGAGGAAAGGAAAGAGUAGAUAUAGGGAAGUUUAGGAGUUAUGCCUUGUUCUGAAUCACAGAAAUCAUCUCAACCCCAUUAAAGGGAAGAUUUGGCGCCAUUAAUGUCCAGACAAUGUUGAUGAUAAAUGUAGUGAAUUGAAGCAAUAAAUUCCACAGUGUUUGCCAUAUUGACAGUGGAAGCAGAGUUCUCCUGCUCUCUGAGUAAUGCCAGCCGUGCCUCUAUGUACCAGGAUGCAUUGCGUGCAUGCCCACCCAGCAGGCUUCCGUAUAAUAACAAAGGUAUCACUAGCUGAGCUAGCGUUGCAGUGUAAAGUUCCACAAAAACCAACAUGAAAAAACAGUUACCUGUAUCCAUCCUACUACCUUCGUUAUUUAGGUGGCUUUAAAUGAGGCUGAACGUCCACAGUUUCUCUUCACUGUCCCUCAAUAUUACAACAUUAGUCCAACAUCGUCCCAGCGUGUGGGAGUGAUACCAUAGCCUAUAACUUUGUUGACCAAUACAUAGCUCACUUAAAGGUCAUCUGCCCUCCUGGCCCUGCUGGGCUUGGUUGUCUUUUCUAAUUUCUAUUUGGGAUCCUGAAGGUCUCAAGCACACAUCAGUCCAAGUUUGUAGUAAAACUUUCUUGCAUAACUUAGCAAUGCACAUAUGGGCUCUCUCGGGGUUGGUGCCUGCGUCAACAUCCAACAAAAACAAAAAAUCUUCUUUAUUAAUGUAUAUUGUCUGCUGUGUAGCAGAAGGGAGUUACAAACUCAAUUUCACUCCAUAACCUGUUGUAUUGUGACAAAAUAAAUCUACCUACCCACCUAGCAAUGCACAUAAGGGCUCUCUCUGGUGCCGGCGUCAACAUCCAAAAAAAACUGCCCACACUGAAAUUAAUUGCCGCAGAUUGAUUCAGUUUCUGUUCAGAGGGCAAUUUGAGCAAAGGCACCACCAGUCGCCGUCUGCUCUCGGCUGCUCGGACACACUUUUUCGGCCUUAUACUCAAAUACAGCUGAAUCUGUGAUUCAGCCAAAACACUGUAAAAUAUAUCCUCUGCCCUCAUAUUUUGGGAUGCCAUUUUAGCUGUUGGACACGGAGUUAGUUUGCUGCAAUACAAGUGAAGAGAGCAAGUCAGUUUUGUUUUUGAGCGGCAUCGAGCAUGCCCCCUUGGCUACCCAGAGGCAGAAAUUAGAAAUCCAAGCUGAAAUCGUCUUUAGUUCUUCUGUGUCCCCAACUAUGUCACAGUCACGUCAAAUGAUGGUGCUGGAUGAAGGAAGAACUACGUGGUGAACUCGGUUUUGUCAGUCAGUAUAGCACACACAAUUUCUUGCUUCAACAGACUGCAUUUACCAUCAAUAACAAUUAACUCUAUGCAGUCGCACGCAACAGUCUACACUUUAGCUGCAUUAUGUGGUCAUGUAUGUGAGGGUCUGAUACCUUUAUUACUAAACUGCAGUGCAUUGUUAUUAUUGUAGUAAGGAGGCACAAAGUACUGAUUUUUUUUUAAUCUUGUGUGCAUAUCACUCAUGAUCUUGUGCCCAGACGUCAUCUUGUAUGCCGAGAUUAAAACUUUUAUUCUGGAUUUGGCGGGCCUCCAUAUUCAAAAGCUUUUUGUCUUUUGCUUUAAUAUGUUUGCAGGUGUUUCUAACAGGCCUGUAUUACACAUUUGUCUUCACUUACUAGUCCUAAUAGGGUUUGGUGAACAUAAUCACAUCCUUGGAGUGAUUUAAACCCUAUAUUUUUCCAUUCAGUAGGUAACAAACAUUAUGGCCUGCAGUGUCCUUGUUGAGGACUCUUACACUGCAGUAAUUUGCCUUCUUUAAUGCUUCAGUUCUAGCAGGGUGUGAUUAAUUUAUUUAUUAUAAGUUUAAUCUGAGUUUCCAUCGAUCUAUCUCUACCAUAAGGCACUUUAUCAAAACCCAUUCCAAGAUUAUCACAAUGUGAAGGAGGCCAAUUAUUACCGCGAGUCUCUCUGCAAGAAUGUCAUUGCACCUCACAGCGAACAUGUUUUCUAUUUCUGUCCCAUUAUACACCUGAACUUCCUGCUGUGUGAGGUUUAGUCAGUGUAGUUAGUUUGCGGGCGGAGGGGGGUGACUGAGUGAUUAUAUACUGCGUAUAUCCUUAGACACACAUGAUGCUGAAUAUUUCUUGGGGGAGACAGGAUGAGGUGGGGGGUGUUUGGGGUUGUUUUUUUUGGUCAAUAUUUGAAUGUGUAUUGUUAUUAUAUGCUUUAUUCCUUGUCUGACUGUCUAUAUGUUCCAUAGCCUAUGUAAUGAUAAUUAGAAUAUACGGAGGUUAUAGAAAGUCCUAUAACAUCCUACUACUGUGGAUAUUCUAUGCCUUGUAAGAAUUUAGCUGACAUCACUAAUAUAUACAGAUAACAUCAUGUAAAUUAACUAUUUUAAUGGCAAUAGUAGUGUGUACAGUAAAAGACAUCAGUAGGUUACUUGUCCAUUCACACUCCCACCACACUGUAUAAAGGAAGACCAAAAGCCCCUAUAUUAAACAGCAUGGAGGAAACGUGUGUUGUCUUCAUCUGUGUGUUUGUCUGAAUCUGGUAUCUCUGGAUGUUUUUUCUUUCUUGAUAUGACAAUUUGUUGGUGUAUUUUUCCCCCAACCACACAGAACCACACAAAAGAAUAUAAUGUUAGCAUGAAGAUACAUGUCCAGAGGGGAAUACAAACACUACCACGCUAAUGUGAACAGAAAGACUGUUUAUUUGUUUUACAAUAUUAUCUUGGUUACAUUCGUAUAUAAACUUUUAGAUUUUUCUAAUUUUCUUACAGAAUGACAGUGAUGUUUAUCAGAUUGCAUACCUAGAAAAUUAAAGGAAUACAUGCAUCCAAACAUGAACAGCAUUAAAAGGAGCAACUUUAUAUAAGAAGUAGAAAUUCACAACUGUGAGCUCUCCUCAUUCUCGCUGCGCUCAUCAGUCAAGGAAGGAAUAUUACAGAGGGACGUCCUCUAACACUUCGCAGAGGAGAGCAAUGUCAAUGGCUUAACACGUGAGGUGGAAUUUUAAUACGUUCAAUUUGAGGUGAUGAAUCUAGUGCCAAAUUUGAGCAGUUUCCUUCGUUUAACAUAAGUUAUAUGUUUUCAUGAGUUUUCUGAUUAAAAUGAGGCACCA